CGACGCGUAAAAAAGGGCCCGUCGCGCGGCGAUGGCGUCACAGGGGCGCCGGCGGCGGUUGGAGGCUCGGAUGGAGCCCGAGCAGGAGCGGCUGAGGCGGCAGAUUCGCCUGCUUCAAGGCCUCAUCAAUGACCACAAAAACGCCCACGGGAAUGCACCGGUCCCUCCUCCGCCCGCUUCGCUCUCCAGGUGGAGAAAUCCUAAACUUCCCACCUUCCACAGCCAAACUACCUUCAGCGCCAGGUACGGCCAGCAGCCCUCCCGAGAUUUCUCAUCCGGCCCGGCCAACGCAACAACCUGGAGGAAGAAAUACUCCCUUGUCAACGCGCCGCCUAGACCGGCCCUGUCUUCGGCCAGCGGCGUUUCUCCCAGUGCUUCCUGGGCUUCCCAGAGCCACGCCAGCAGGGAGGCUCCUGAGCCACAGCUGAUGCUUUCGGAAGCCGCAGCGGCUGUCUCCAGCGCAAAGGCGAAUGCCAGGCUGCCAGCCAGCUCCGUGGCGGGCGAUGCCGCCGGCUCUGGCUUCCAGCCGGGCUUUUCAGGAUCGAGAAAGGGACCGUUGGCAUCUAGGGGAAAGCUGCCCACGCCUCCUUGGCCUUUAAACGCGGACCCGAGCCGGAAGAAAGAGUGGUGUGCUUCCACUCUGUCCCUCUCGCCCUGUGGCAAAACCCCGGCUACGGCUGGAAAUAACCGACCGGCGGCGGGUCAGAAGAAGCCGGUGGGGAGGAGUGAGCUCGCCGCCAGCUUAGGCAGGACUAUCAGCGAGAGUGCCAUUGUGCUGAAAUCCGAGCCUCGGCGCGCUCUGGCCUCGCCCGAGCAGGGAUCGGGAUCUCUCCCAAUCUGGAAGAAGCCAACGCUCCAGGCUUCACCCCUGGGGGGUUCACACCGCCAGCCCUCCCCGGCCGGGACCGUCAAGCUGAGCCCCGCCAGGAGCGCGGAUCUGUCUGCCGGCUGUGCCCGUUCGGGUGAGGAAGUGUCUUCCAGCACCGGGAGGAGUCUCCCCCCAAACAAGCCCGCCGUAGUUUUGGUCCAGAAGUCGUCUUCCAUGCCGGCCUCCGUGCGAUCCUCCCGGUUCAAGAGAGCCAACUACACCUGGGUGGCGAAUCCCAGCAAGUCCCCCCGAAGCGUGAGGAGGUGGGCGGUUUCCAGGGCCUCCGAAGGCACCCCCAAGCUUGCUGCCUGUGCCCCGGCAGCGUCCCCCAAAGCCCAGUCGAGGGGAGCGAAUCUGGACUUGGGGGCCAAGCCAAAGAAAUCGAGCCCCCAUUCAAAGCUGGCGGUUUCCGCCAGCCAGUACAAGUGGAAAGCGGCGAGUGCGAAAUCUGCUCCCCCGCCUUCCACGUCCGCCUCGGUGUUCACUUGGAAGCGCAAGGAAGGGGUCGGGCCUGGCGAUGCGCCCGGCGCGGGCGCCGCCAGCACGUCGCUCCAAGCUCUGAGGCGUCUCCCUCUCGGACACGGCCAUCUUGCCCAGGGCAGCCCAAGAGCCUUCUUUGGAACGACCAGCUUUUUCAAUUACAAGUUGAGGAGCUGGCCUAGAAUCAUUAAGAGGAAAGGUAGCGCCAGCUCUCCCACCCUGCUGCUGAAGAGCCGCUACUGCCUCCGGAAACGCCACGCCACGCGGGGAAAGUCCUCCCCCACCGCCCGCCGAACCGGGACCAAAGGCCUGGUGCAAAUCAGCAAGCACAGGUUGCGCCGGCUGCCGGCGUCCCGAGUUCCUGGUUCGCCCAAAGAAGGUUCCAGCUUCCUCCUGGUCACCAGCCCGGUCUCCCACCGAGUGGUCAACACUCGCUACAGGCUGGUGAAGAAGUCGGCGGGGUCUCCCUUGAGUUCUGCAGCCCCCGGGGCCGGGCCGUCUCACGGUUGGAAGGCCAGGAGACUUUCAUUGUCCAGGUCUCUCACGUCCAAUUCCACCCGCCACUCUUCACCCGGGAGCAAGUCUCAGGCUGUGCAGCACCGAUGGAGAAACAAAGGACUGCGCUGUAUCGAAGGGGUCAUGUACCGGGUGUCAGCUAACAAGCUUUCCAAAACAUCCAGCCCUCCCAGCAGGAGCAUGGAGGUGGUGACCAGGAGCCAAGCCAGAGGAGCCGCACGGCCGGACUCGGCGCCUGGCGCUCCUGGGUAUUCCCCACCAAGCUGGCCCAGCCGCUCAAUCACCAGCCGCUACAUCGCAAGCCGCGCCGUGCAGCGGAGCCUCGCCAUCAUCCGCCAGGCCAAGCAGCGGAAAGAGCGAAAGAAGGAAUAUUGCAUGUACUACAACCGCUUUGGCAAAUGCAACCGGGGGGAGAGCUGCCCGUACAUCCACGAUCCCGAGAAAGUGGCCGUCUGCACCAGAUUCCUGCGCGGCGCAUGCAAGAAGACGGACGGGACGUGUCCUUUCGCACACAAGAUUUCAAAGGACAAGAUGCCCGUCUGUUCCUACUUCCUGAGGGGAAUUUGCAGCAACAGCGACUGUCCCUACAGCCAUGUCUACGUGUCCAGGAAAGCAGAGGUCUGUCCGGAGUUUCUGAAGGGCUACUGUCCCUUGGGAGAGAAGUGCAAGAAGAAGCACACCUUGGUGUGCGCGGAUUUCUCCAAACACGGCGUCUGCCCCAAGGGUUCCCGGUGCAAGCUGCAGCACCCUCAGAAGAAGCGCCUGGCCACGCAAGCCGGUGUCACAGACUCCUGUCCAGCUGAGCAGGGAAACUACGCAAAGCAGACUUUAAGGAGAAAAGGCGAGGAAGAGGAGGAAGGGGGGACACCAGGAGCAGCCUGCUGGCACCUCAGGAUCCUCCCUCAGAGCAGCCGCCUGACCAAGCAGCCCUCCUUCAUCUCCCUCCAGUCGCCCCCCGCCUCCCCCCAGGAGGAGGGCCCCAAGGCCGAGAGAAGCGGGGAAGAAGCAGGAAAGCCCCUGCAGAUCAAGCCCAGGCUGUGACGCCCCCUCCAGCCACGAUCCAGGUCUGCCCACCCGGCCACCGAGCUUUGGGCCCGCUCACUGCCUCGCUCUUUCUCAGGGAUCGGAGGUCCUCCCCGGCAACUACCUCAGAGCCAGGCCAGGCUGAAGCAGGGAGGGGGGGGGGGCAGCCAGGACCUUCCCCCCUCUGCCCCCCCAGCAAGGAGUGACACGUGCAUCGGGAUCUCUCGCCUGUCUCCAGCAUCCCAAAGACCAAUUUUGUGGGUUUUUUUCCCAACGGAGAGAAAGGAACGCCCCAUUUUCCCAGUCUGCAAAUCCAGCUGCCGGGGCUGCAUUUUGCUUUCUUCGGCUGGAUGAGGCUCCACCAGGAGACCCUCACUCACUCCUCAGCCCUCCCUCCCCAUCCUGAGGGUGCCUCCCCUUCAGCUGCCCUGGCCCAUCCUUUGCUUCCCUUUCCCCGCACCGGUGAUGGGUGUAUUCAGUAGCACAACCCAAGGGGAGACGGUGUAGCAUCCCAGCAACUUUGUGAUGGGCUGACCUUUGUCCCGGAAAGAAAUGUAGAUUUGUAGAAACGUGACUCUGAUUUUCUCUCUCUCUCUCUCUCUCUCUCUCUCUCUCUCUCUCUCUCUCUCUCUCUCUCUCUCUCUCUCUCUCUCUCUUUCUUUCUGCUCUGGGAGAAAAAAAAUAAUCUUCUUUACCAGCUUUCUUUAACAGUUCGCGCGCAGCUUUGGGACUCCCAACUGUUUGUAAAGUAGACUUGUCUGGAUGCUUUUAAUACACAAAUGCAAGCAAAAUGUUUC